CUUUUCGACCCAACUACACCCACUCGAGCCACCACCUUAUCCACUCCACUCCUCGUCCACAUCGAACCAUCCACUCGGGAAACUGCGUCCAUCAUAUCCCCCCUGCCGAGGGCUAUCCGCCGACACCUUUAGCUCCCCCGGAGAGCGCUCCUACGUCGACUCAAGCGCCGGCGGAGCGGCGGAGGGACCGCACGCCAGCCCACAAUGAAGUAUCUCCUUCAGUAUCUUGACGGCAUCAGCGAUGCGCCGCGACUCACUGACCCCGACUUUCAGCAGCUCCUCGUCAAUGUCAACGCCGGCAAGGGCAAGUCGAGCGAUGCAUUCUACGACGCGCUGGAGAAGAUCGUUCUGGAGCUGAAGAACUCGCCGGAGGCCGCGCCGUUCCUCAAGCCCGUGUCGAAGCGCGAUGCACCAGAUUACUCGACGUACAUCUCAAAACCCAUGGACCUCCAGACGUUGCUCCGGAAUGUCAAAAAUCACAAAUACAAGAACAAGACGGACUUUGGCAACGAUGUCGAUCUGAUCUGGCAAAAUUGUCUGACAUAUAACACGACAGCGAAUCACCCGCUGCGUGGCAUCGCCCUGUUCCUUCGGCAGAAGAGCAACCAUCUACUAUCCUUCCUCGCGGACCGCGAUUCCAAUGCGAACAACCCGCUUGCGCAAAUGUUGGCGGCGUCAGGCGCGUCGCUUGCGGUGCAACGAGCGGCGUCUCAGCAGCCCGCAAACGACGAUGAAGACGCGGCGGGAGAGAGUGAUGACGCAAUGGGGGAAGACGAAGAGUCUGGCAGGAAGAAGAGUGAGGGUGCCAAUGGCACCGCAACGCCAGGAGUUCGGCGUGGAACCAGCGUUUUGUCGGGAGACCGCCGUGUGAACGGCAGACUACAGACUCCACCACCGUUCCGCCCUAACCUCGUCGCCGACUUUGAAAGCUCGUCGGCGCUUCUCCGAACACCUCACAUUAUGGCGCACUGGGAGCCUAUCUCGCUUCUACAUUCAGGCCCGGCCUUCUUGGACAAAGCGAAAGCUAAGGAGUUGCUCCACGGCAUUCACCCGCCUUCCUGGUAUUCAGCUGCCACGGAUGCCGACGACGAGGAUGCUAAGCUAGAAGGCUGCUGGUGGGGUGCAGUGACGAAGGACGACGCGUACGUCGGGGGCUUGCCGACCGCUCCUCAUAUGAUCGAAGGACCGUCGAGCAAGCGCAGGCGAGUGGCGCGGCGAAGAUCGCCAACGCCGAAUGGCGACAUGGAGAUGUCUGAGUCGCAACCGCCGGCGCUGGUCCCCUCCAAGCCCGUGUCAUUGGCACGGGUGGUCGACCGUGCCAUUGACAAGCUUACGGACGCGCGCAGGACAAUGCACACUGUCCAGGAGUUGCAGCGCUACUACGAGGGCGAUGGGACAGAUCCGGAACCGCAACCGCUAGAGCCAAUAGAAAGCGUGCGCGCUGGGCUCACCAAGCAACGGAAAGAGCUCAAGCGCAAGCGAGAAGAGGCCCGCGCCGAAGGCGCCGCGCGACGGAAACUCGGCGGGGAGGUUGGCGCCGCAGAAGCUGCUUUGGAGCUUAAACGUUCCACAGCGAGCUUGUUAGCCCACGCAGGCUUCGAUGGCGCAAAUGAUAUUCCUCUCGACCUCAUGACACGCGUGGCAGGCGACUACAUCCGCAACAUUGGUCGUACCUUCCGCCUCCUCUUAGACGGUUUCGCACACCAGAUGAAGCCAGACGAACUAGUCCUCCAUGUGCUGCACGAGAACGGACAAGUGAAGCUACAUGACCUCGAGUCGCACAUCAAGGACGAGAUUGAGCGCGACAGUGCCAAGGUUGCAGAACAGCAGCGCAAGAUGCGCGCGGCAUAUGCUGAGCUCACAACGGCGCCCGUCAUCGAAGACGACAUGCUGCUGGCCGACGGCGGGCAGAUGCUCCAACAUGGCGACUUUGCAGAGGACCUCGGCGAAGACUUCCUCGGUCUCCGAGAACUGGGCAUCGACAAAGAGUUCGGUCUCUCGUCAGUCACCGUGCCCAAGUCACUCUUCUUUGGGCGGCGGAGGCGGGAUGCUGCGGCGUUGGGUCCCAAAACAGCAGAACCCGAUUACGCGCCGCCUCCGCCCUUCAUCCCUCUUACAGCCGGAACGUAUAAGGCCGCGACGCCGGCCCUGCUGCACGCAUUCUACGCUGAUCGUUUCGAGAACUCGCCGCCCGAAGGCGACGAGGCGUUCGACCCCCUGCAUGCGAAUAUCGGCCCGCUCGGCCAGAUCGUUGUUAAGCCGCCACAGAACGUGCCAGCGAAGAAGAAGAAGGAUGACGACAAGAAGGAGAAGAAGCCGGCGAAGAAGACUGGCCAAACCGGAGUCGGGAAGGGAAACUGGAUCAGACCUUCCAAGGAAGAACGUGAACGGCGUGCAGCAGAGAAGAAGGCCGAGCUCGAGCGGCAACGUGCGGCCGAGGCGGCGGCGGCGGAAGGGGACGAGGAGGAUGCCGAGGGCGAGGACGAGUAGUGUAGUCUAGAGGACAGUCAACAUGUAUGUAUGGGCGA